AUGAAACGAUACCUUCCGCUAGCUGCUCUGCUGGCUUGUGUCCGUAUUAGUGCAUCGGGAGCUAGGUGUCCUUACAAGGAAUGCGUGUGUGACAGUAUAAGUAUAGUCUGCCAGAAUAGGAAUUUAACGCGGAUCCCGGCGUUAAUCUCUGAGAAAGCUGACGAAGCCUUUCUGCUCAUGGAU